ACGUGUUGGUCACGUGACAUCUCUUUUCCAUUUUCUCUUCCCUUGUCGGCUAUCAGAUGGGUAGCAGGCUGUUCUUCUUCAGUAAAUAAAAGUCGAAUUUCAACGAAUUCCAAGAGUGUAGUUUACGAUUGUUUUAAUUGAAAGUGUUCAAUAUGGUUAAAUUUUUGGAAGUGCUGAAGCCUUUUUGUGCAGUAUUGCCAGAAAUUGCUAAGCCAGAACGAAAGAUUCAAUUUAGGGAGAAAGUGUUAUGGACUGCAAUUACGCUAUUCAUCUUCUUGGUCUGUUGUCAGAUCCCAUUGUUUGGCAUCAUGUCCUCCGAUUCUGCUGAUCCAUUUUACUGGCUGAGAGUAAUAAUGGCCUCAAACAGAGGAACUCUUAUGGAGUUGGGAAUCUCACCUAUUGUUACAUCUAGUCUUAUUAUGCAGCUUCUGGCAGGAGCAAAAAUAAUUGAUGUCGGUGAUACACCAAAAGACAGGGCUCUAUUUAAUGGUGCACAAAAAUUGUUUGGUAUGAUCAUUACCAUUGGUCAGGCUAUCGUGUAUGUGAUGACAGGAAUGUAUGGGGAUCCAAGUGACAUUGGUCUUGGGAUCUGUAUGCUGAUUAUGAUUCAGUUGUUUGUUGCUGGCCUUAUUGUUCUGCUGCUUGAUGAACUUCUACAAAAAGGAUAUGGAUUAGGGUCUGGUAUCUCCCUCUUCAUUGCCACUAAUAUCUGUGAGACUAUUGUCUGGAGGGCAUUCAGUCCAGCCACAGUUAACACCGGAAGAGGAACUGAAUUUGAGGGCGCUGUAAUUGCACUGUUCCAUCUACUGGCUACACGUACAGACAAAGUGCGUGCACUUCGUGAGGCUUUCUACCGACAGAACCUUCCAAAUUUAAUGAACUUGACAGCUACUGUCCUUGUAUUUGCGAUUGUGAUAUAUUUCCAAGGCUUCAGAGUUGAUCUACCAAUCAAGUCUUCACGUUACCGUGGACAAUACAGUUCUUAUCCAAUCAAAUUGUUUUAUACAUCCAACAUUCCCAUCAUUCUGCAGAGUGCCCUGGUUUCCAACCUUUAUAUUAUCUCUCAGAUGUUGGCAGCAAAAUUCAGUGGAAAUAUAUUUGUUAAUUUUCUUGGAACAUGGGCAGAUUCUGGUGAUGGUGGUCCGGCACGGUCAUAUCCUAUAGGAGGUUUAUGUUACUAUAUGUCACCCCCUGAAAAUUUUUCACAUAUGGUUGGAGAUCCAAUUCAUGCUCUUAUCUAUAUUAUCUUUAUGCUCGGUUCCUGUGCCUUCUUCUCUAAAACCUGGAUUGAUGUAUCAGGGUCAUCAGCAAAGGAUGUUGCUAAACAACUCAAAGAACAGCAGAUGGUGAUGCGAGGUCAUCGGGAAAAAUCUAUGAUUCAUGAAUUGAACAGAUAUAUCCCAACGGCUGCAGCAUUUGGUGGUUUAUGUAUUGGUGCCCUAUCUGUCAUGGCUGAUCUUCUUGGCGCCAUUGGUUCUGGAACUGGUAUUCUUCUGGCUGUCACAAUUAUUUACCAAUACUUUGAGAUUUUUGUUAAAGAGCAGAGUGAAAUGGGAGGCAUGGGCUCACUGCUAUUUUAAAUUCAUUGGACAAUUACUCUUUAAUGUUAUAAUAAUUAAAUCAUAAGAUGUGCAUACUAAUUAGGGGUUUACCCUUUGUGGUAUUUUUAUCGUUGCUAAUCCGUCGUUGUUAAGCUUAGGCUACUUUUGUUCCAAUUACUUUUGUUUUCCUUGUCCCAGGAAAAAGUUGCAGUACAUCGAGAACUUACUAGCGUGAUAAGAAAACAAAUUUGAAGACAGUCUUGUCUUUUCUACAAACCUUAAACUGUACUUUUCUUGUCAAUUUACAUACAAAUAAUGAUUUGCAAAACUUACAAGUAAAUGUUAUUUAAUAAAAAUAAUACAUUGUUAUAGUUGUUCACCAUCAUUUAUUAGCAUUGGUCCAUUGUAAAUGCUUAGUUUGUAUAAGAUUCUAUAACUAAUACCCCACCCUUUCUCACUGUAUGCAUUGAUUGAUGAAACAUAAAAUGAUAUAAUUUAAAUAUUUGCAAUCAUUUCUGGAAAUGAUUUUAUUUUAAAAAGAAAAAUUAAAUUUGAAGAUGGAAAAAAAAAUCUUUUUAGUGUUAUUUAAUGAUAAAAUGUAGGUUGAGAAACCUGAAUAGCCUAAACUGGAUGGGUUUACAUUAAUGUGAAAAUACUUCUGCUUACUACCACUGAUACACUAUUGGGUAAAGUUGUUAACUUUUGAAAUAAAACUCAUACACAAGUUUUGAAACUAA